CAUAGAGCACGGAGUCACCGCACAGGACGCUAGAACACUGAGCAGUCGAUAUUCCUUCAUUAGUGAAACUCGGUUCAGAGCCAAAACAGCUUUUCAAAAUGCUCUCUGUCUUCAUCUCUCUGUUUCGUUGCUUUGUUUUAAUUUCCACAUUGGGAAACGGUGGAACUGGAAUGACUUUUACUUCAGACGGUCCUUCUGUUUUGACGAAGGUAUACAUGGCUAUGGUGCCUGAGUUGGAAGAUGGAAGUAAGGACGCCGGUUAUAUCUACCUCACAACAUCUGCAGCUACGGCUACUGACGCGUGGGUGAAUGCAGGAUCUGGCAAGAUUUAUCAAAACGUCAUCUCAGGUGAAACAGCGAGCGUAAAAUUGCCUAAACAAGUUAUUUUGAUACGAGGAUCUGUAAGAAAGACAAACGCUUUCAACGUUGUGACGACAAAAGAUUUAGGGAUCUUCUUCCGAAACGAGUGGACAUUUUACCAAAUGAGAGAGUUGAGCCAGUUACCUUUCACGUAUACUGUUGUAUCCUAUAGCGAUGCUACGGAUCCGAUGCUGUCUGUGAUAGGAAUAAGUGUGGUCUUUGACGCUACGAAACUAACCAUUACUUUUAGAGAAGGAAUAAAUGUCACAAACGUUCUUGGGUCAGUACCUAAAGGUCAAGUAAAAGGACAAAAGUUAGUGUUCUCCAAACAGAACCACCGUGUAAAUAUUAAACUGGAAUUUGAUGAAGAUUUAACCGGAACCACCAUUGAGAGUUCACAUGCGAUUGCAGUAAUAGCAGGGGCGAUAUCAGUUGAUAAUACGACAAGAUCUGUUUAUAUAGAUCACAUGGCAACACGAAACUCUGGCUCAGUCUACAUUGUAUUUGGUUUGCCAGAUAUAGACGGAAGUGACACUAUUCGUGUAGUCGCAAAAUCUCCUGAUACCAGUGUUACCUUAGACAAUAACCCACCAAUAACUCUCACCGAGACAGGCGAUUUUGCAGAUGUGUCUUUUUCAAGAGGAUCUUUUCACAUGCUUACCGCAUCGUCUGAAGUAAUUGUUGCAAUAUUACUUAAAAAUGGCGGACCAAGAAAGACCGACAUGGUGAUUGUGCAUCCAGUCAACUCAAGCACGACUUCAAAGUAUCAGUUUUCUAUACCCUCGCUAUCAAGUGAUGUCAACUUUAAACACUAUCUGGUAGUAACUACAGACUCGAGUGGACAGGCCAGUAUGGUCUUGAACGGACAGGCUCUGCCCUCGGAAACAGUUUGGUUCUCUAUUUCCGGAACAAGUCACGUGGGAGGAUACGUACCGCUUGUCGACACUGUACAAGCUCAGGUAAUAGCUACCACUGAUGGAUCGUAUUUCAACGCUUAUCUUAUGGGCUACGGAGAUGACGCAACGUAUGGAUCGGCUUUAGAAGGCAUUGAUACGCCCCAGGAAGACACUUCUGACCUACAGUUUACAUUGGACAAGACGUUUUGUGAAAGGACAGGCCAGACCGGAAACUAUAUCUCCAAUGGAACACAAAUGGAAAUCACAACAGUAACUUCACGAAAGAAUAAACGGUUCCUAUCGUACAAAUCAAUUCACCGGACAACGCUCCACCUACAAGCAUGCCAGCUGACGUGUUUCCUUUAUUCCGACUGUAUUGGAGUCAACUACAAGAAUGUGUCGUCACCAAAUGAAAUCAACUGUGACAUCAUCAUGAAUGGAGAUGGGUGCUCGCUGAAAGGUUCUGGCUGGACAAGAUACUAUUUGAAGUAGUUGUAAGAAGACCAUAAAGUUUCCAAAUGUAUCACAAAGAUUCUUGUGUCAAAGAGAUCUUACAAUAGACCAUUCAACCAAACAGUGUUAAAACAAUUUAUGACAAAUUGUCAUGGACGAACGUAACAACCAGAUAUUUACAAAAUGGUCAGGCCACGAAAUUCUCUCGGGCGAGCUGUGCAUCUGAAGUUACCCUCAUGAAUCGCCUAGCCGUAGGUUCAAAUCACAUAUACACGGAAAAAGGUAUCGCAACAACCCAUAUUUGGCGUAGUAUCAAUAUCUGGAUCACGGAAUAAUUAAAUGGCAAAUCUGACGUUUAAAGCAAACAUGGCAAAUAAUUGAUCCAUUAUGAAGUGCUAUACGUAUGGACGUAUGGCGUUAGAAAAGUGUGGUCAUUUUCAAGAUUCAGGCAUGCUAUCCUCAAUCAGUCACAUAAAUAUCAAUGCCAAUGUUAAUAUUUGGUGUAACCACCUCCAACAGUAAUAACAUCCCUGACCCUCCUCCUCACUGGCUGCAUCAGACGUUGAAUUUGAUGUUAAGGUCUUGCGCUCCAUUUUUGGUGGAUCAGGAUUCUGUACUGGAGAAUCUCUCGGCGACCCAUAAUGUCACAAACAUGCUGUGUGUGACUGAAAUCUAUACUCCUGGUAGAGCUAGUACGACCUUUGACGUAGGAAAUCUGUUUUAACGUGUCAUUCGACUUGAACGACUGAAAUCAUGUGAUUCUGAGAAUGUCUGUAUCCUGUAUUAGGAAAUUUUACUUGUGGUCGACGAGUCGUAAGGUUUGCAGAUGUUUUCUGGCCAAUCAGCUUGUCAAUGGAUGACCACAAACAUCUCUUGCAACAGACCUUAAUGCCAUGCCCAAAUUCCGCUUACCAGUAACUGGUCAUCCUCGAGUAGGGUUGGUUAACGAUCUAGAUCAUUGAGAUUGAUAAUCGUAACUAAAUAUCGAUCAGUUAUCGAUAAAUAUCGGAUAAGUAAUUUCGAGCAAAAUUGCAAAAGCAAGUCGUAAAGAAAUGAAUAUAUAUCAAACUACAGCAGCCUGAACAUAAUUUAGAAGCAACUUCGUCACGAUAUGGCCGGAACAAUGCCGAUAUGACGUUAAAAUUUCACUCACUCACUCACUUAGUAGCAGCCUAUGAAUAAAAACUGUGUGUAUUGCGUGAGUAAAUUAACGCUCGCAAAGGUUUUAUAUACGAUAUUAUCGAUGACACUUUUUCAUAUAGAUAAUCAUUAAUAUUUCAUCAUAUCGACGAUAUUUCCGAUUAUUGAUCGUUUUAGCCAGACUUAUCUUUGAGCAGUUGUAGGUUCUGUAGGCCCCGUAUUUGCCCAUCAACAUCUAUUUAUUUUCCAAGUUAUCGAUCUGUAAGAACAGUUUACAGAAAAUUGAUAUUUAUGACGGGUAUGCGUAUUGCAAGUAAUGCUCGCCUUUGAUUCGUAGCACGUUCUGAUAUGAAAUCAAUGUAUGAUGCACCCGAAGUGUCAAAAUAAUCAUACAAACAAAAUUGUAAAAAGCUAUAAAGGGGUUACAAAUCAUUGGCGAUGCGAUACCUUUUUCCAUGUGUAUACAGCAUACCUUUCCCAUGAUUGAGCAUGUGGGUUUCAUGUCAAAUAAUAUAGUCCAUAAUCCAUGCUACUAUUAAGUUUGGUUGAGAUAUAGCCCAGUUGUUAAAGCUUUCGGUCAUCACGCCGAAGGCUGGGGUUCGGAUUCACAGAUAGGUACAACUGCUGAAGACCACUUCUGGGGUCUCCGCUGUGAUAUUGCUUCUACAUCAGUAUUAGCCGAAACUGACAAAACCACACCCACUCACUAUUGCCUUUGUGACUUUGCACAUACUCAUUAAGUAUUCUUUAAAGUUGCUUUUAUGAAACUCAUUAAGUAUUCUUUAAAGUUGCUUUUAUGAUAUAUUUCAACUGCUGUAGAAAAGUCAUAUUGCAGAUGUUUAAUGCGGAUCUAAGUGAUACAUAAUCAAUAGAGACUCAAGACAUUGGCCUACGGUGCUAACCUUCUCUUGCAAACUUUUAUGUGUCUGUUUUUUUGUGUCUACUAAUGCCCUUGACGCGGAUUGAACUAGCCAGUCCCUGCAAUCAUAAUGUACUCAUCGUAUCUUGUUUGUUGAUCACAGUAUUGCAGCCAUUAUAUUUUGUUGAUUGUUCCGUUCUUUCCGGUGAGGAAAUAAAAUAUAUGUAAAACUUA